AUGAUCUCCGUCUACGUCGUCCUCUUCGCCCUGCCGCUCCUCUUCGGUCUGAGCAGCCACUCGGCCGUCGCCGCUCAGAUGGACGACGGCCUCUCCGAGGAAGACGGGCUGAUCCCGAGGGACGAGCCCGUCAUCGAGCCCCCGCUGGUCCCGCCGCCGCCGCCGUACCGACGGAGCCUCGUCAGGGGCGACGACGGGAACCCAAAGAUCGUCAUGGUCUCGGACACGAGGCUGAAGGGCCACAGCCUCCGAGGACCCAACCCCGGCUUCAGCCGGACCCUCCCUCAGCGCCUGGACCAAAGCUUGAGCCACACGGCCCCCGAGUACAGUCUGAAGAUCGAUCAGAGAGACACAGACCUGGACAUGCUGCGAUGUAUGAUCGGAAGAGUGUAUCGACCCUGCUGGGAGGCGUGA